AAGCUGAUGCUAGCCUCAUCGGCCAAGCCGAAGACUUCAAAAGAUGGACCCUCACCCCCAUCUGCAUCGUCAUCCGGCGGAGAAGGCUCACUUGGUUCCCGGCAACGCGCAAAUAUACCCAUGACGCCGAGAUCCGUCUCUGGAGCACAGUCAAAUUUUGUGCGACAACUUGCCGAGCGAAACGGAGCAACCCAUCCUCAAAAAAGAUUCAAGACGUCUGCCCCCAAGGGCGUCAAAUUAGCAUCCGGCUAUGUUGAUCGCACCAUGGAGCGAGAAAACAAAGGAAUAGAUAAUCGAGAAGAGCGUCUGAAGGCUCUAGAGGAGUUAUACAAAAAAGAGGAGAUUGACAAGGAGACUUUUGGGAAACUCAGGCUCGAUAUCGCUGGCGGCGAGUUGAAGAGCACCCAUCUCGUCAAGGGCCUCGACUUCAAGCUCUUGCAAAGAAUACGGCAGGGUGAAAACAUAUACGAAUCAAAUACAAAGGACAAUGCAGAAAACGAAGACCAUGUGGAGCAAGAAGAUCCCGAGGCAAAGCUUGACGACGAAUUCGACAAUAUUGAACAACAGGAGAUUGAAGCUGUCGAAAAGAAAAAGAGCAAGGAGAAAAAGAAAGGCCAGCUGUCCACUGUUCCCCUGGCGCCAGGAAAGAAACGGACCCGCGACCAGAUAUUGGCAGAGCUCAAGGCAUCCAGGGCGGCGGCCAAGGCGAAACAGGAACCAGCACUGGGCAACCAUUUUCGGAAGAUUGGUGCCAAGCAACAAGCAGGAUCUCGGAUUGAGAUGGACAGCAGGGGCCGAGAGGUGCUUAUUGUUGUGGAUGAGGAUGGUCACGAGAAACGCAAAGUCCGCAAGAUACAGAAUGGACAGGCCGACGAGGAAAAGAGCAAUCUCUUGAUGCCGAGUAAGGACGCGAAACCCUUGGGAAUGGAGGUCCCGGAGCAGUAUCGGAAACAGGAGGAAACCGGAGAUGAUAUGAACAUUGACAUAUUCGAUGACGUCGGUGACGACUAUGAUCCUCUUGCGGGCGUAAAAGUUUCCGAUUCGGAGGAUUCUGAUUCUGACAAGGACGAUGAGGACAAGAAAAGGGACAAGCCUGAACCUUCAGAGGUCGCGGAAGAGGGCGAGAUACCCGAGGCCAUCUCCAAAGAGGAUGUGAUGCCUCCACCACCGAAACCCACGUCUACAAAUCGCAACUACUUCCAUAACUCGAACACGGGUUUGGUUUCGGAAGAAGCUAUCAAAACACCUUCUAUGUCCGAUCCUGCAAUCAUGGCCGCUAUCAAGAGAGCAGCUGCCCUCAACCCGAUAUCCAAACAAGACGGUGACGAUGACGACGGCGAUGGGAAAAUCUCUCAGGAGAAGAAGGCCAGGGAAGAGCGACGGAAGCGGAUGCUCGAGGGCUCUAGGAGGGACGAGGAAGAUCUCGAUAUGGGCUUCGGUACAAGCAGGUUUGAGGACGAGGAGGACUUUGAUGAUCAGAAUACGAAGCUUUCAGUCUGGGGCAAUGGAGGGCAGGAGGGGUCAAAAGGAGGAAAGGCCAAGAGGAAAAGAGGGCCAAAGAAGCGGAAGGGCAAUGCCAAUGAUGCCAACGAUGUGCUUCGAGACGCAUUUGCUAUUCUCCUGGCAGCUUACCACCCGCGCAUCAAGCUACUUGGUAUCUCGUGCAUCUUUGGAAAUGCUUCGCUCGAAAACACGACCCACAAUGCGGCCUCUAUUCUCACAGCCAUCGGCAAGGCCAAGGAGGUUCCCCUCUACGUCGGGCUAGACAAAGCGCUGGAGCGUCCGGCUCUACAUGCUCCGACUGACAUCCACGGCAUUACUGGUCUCGACGGAACCGACCUGUUGCCCGAGCCGGAGUGUACGCCCUCGUCGGUUCCCGCCGUCCAGGCCAUGGCUGAGGCGCUCAAGGCCCAGCCGGAAGGAACGGCGUGGAUCGUUGCGACGGGUGCACUUAGCAACGUCGGUGCCCUGAUGCGCAAGCACCCAGAUCUCGCGUCGCACAUUGCCGGGCUGAGCCUGAUGGGCGGUGCCAUCGGUGGCGGGUUUUCAGACGCUCCAUUGGGCCGCGUUAAUGGUGUGGAGCGCAUCGGCAACUGGACGCCCUACGCUGAGUUUAACAUCUUCGUGGACCCGGAGGCUGCGUCUGAGAUUUUCAGCAACCCCGUCAUCGCAACCAAGACAUCCAUUGUGCCCCUCGACCUAAGCCACCAGGUCCUGGCCACGGAAAAGGUCCGCGAUGUCCUCCUUCACGGAAAGGAGGCUAAGGGAGACGAGGGAGACGGCAAGGCCAACACGAAAUUGCGCCACAUGCUUGUAGAACUCUUGUACUACUUUUCCCAGACAUAUUCUACCCAAUUCGGCAUUACUGAAGGGCCUCCUCUGCAUGAUCCUCUGGCUGUUGCUCUGGUUCUCACCGGAACCGAGGACGAGAUACCCUUCUAUGACUGGAACGAAGCAAAGAGCACCCACCCCAAGCACGACGAGCGCUUUGAGGUGACCAUCGUGACCGAGGGCACCUUCGAUGAGGCCAGAGCAGGCAAGGCUGAGACUGGCCGCACAAUCGCCAAGGAGCUUCCUCCGGGACAGCCCGGUGUCCGAAUUCCCCGGGGCUGCGACACCGCCAAGUUCUGGGCAGUGAUUGAGGAUUGUAUCGAAAAGGCGGACGAGGUGAACCGAGGCCUAGGAAGGUAG